AAUGUAGCUCCUCCCCACCCUCUCCCUGCCGGUGCCGUAUUGGCUUCAGGUCCGUCCCAAGAUGGCGAAGCUGCUGAGCUGCAUUCUGGGCCCACGGCUGUACCGGGUCUACCGGGACCGGGACCCCAUCAGACCCCGUCGCAUCAGGGCCGAGGCAGAAGACACGUCGCAGGCCCCGCUAGAACCGUCUUGGGAAUCGUACUACCAGCCACGGACGCUUGAGAAACAUGCAGACAGCAUCCUUGCGCUGGCUUCCGUACUGUGGUCCAUUUCCUACUACUCUUCCCCGCUCGCUGUGUUUUACCUGUACAGAAAAGGGUAUUUGACGAUGUCGAAAGUUGUUGCUUUCUCUCACUAUGCCGGGACCAUGCUGCUCCUGCUGGCGGGAAUCGCCUGCCUCAGAGGCAUCGGUCGCUGGACAAACCCCCAGUAUAUCCAGUUCAUCACCAUCCUAGAGGAUGCACACCGGUAUGGCACCCCUGAGCACAAGAAGAAACUUGCCAGUUACAACUUUGAUUUCCGGAGCUGGCCUGUGGAUUUUCGGUGGGAUGACGCUACGAGUCGGUCAGAUUCCCGAAAUGUUCCCCUGUUGCGGUCAGAACCAAAGCACCGGAGUGCUGUCAACGGCUUCCUCCAUGCCCUUAAAAAGCUGCCCUGCCAGAUUGCCAGCUUCCUAGUGGCUCACACCUUUGGGCGACGCAUGCUGUACCCAGGCUCUGUGUAUCUACUGCAGAAGGCCCUCAUGCCUAUGUUGCUCCAAGGGCAGGCCCGACUGGUGGAGGAAUGCAACGGGAAGCGAGCAAAGCUGGCGGCUUGCGAUGGAAAUGAAAUCGACACCAUGUUCAUGGACCGCAGAGAGACCUUUGAGCCGCAAGGCAGGAAACUGGUGAUUUGCUGUGAAGGAAAUGCAGGCUUUUAUGAAGUUGGCUGCCUCUCCACUCCGCUGGAUGCUGGAUUCUCAGUGCUGGGAUGGAAUCACCCUGGAUUUGCAGGCAGCACGGGAGUGCCGCUGCCUCAGAAUGAAGCCAACGCCAUGGACGUAGUGAUGCAGUAUGCCAUCCACCGCUUGGGCUUCUUCCCUGAGGACAUCAUCCUCUAUGCCUGGUCCAUUGGGGGCUUUACAGCCACUUGGGCCGCCAUGUCGUACCCGGACGUCAGUGCCCUUAUUCUGGACGCCUCCUUCGAUGACCUCGUUCCUCUUGCCCUCAAGGUCAUGCCGGAAAGCUGGAGGGGCUUGGUCACCAGAACUGUGAGGCAACACCUGAACCUAAACAACGGGGAACAGCUUUGCAGAUACCAGGGCCCCGUGUUGCUGGUGCGCAGAACCAAAGAUGAGAUCAUCACUACGACGGUUCCUGAAGACAUCAUGUCCAACAGAGGGAAUGAUUUGCUUCUGAAGUUGUUGCAGCACAGGUAUCCCAAAGUCAUGGCCGAAGAGGGCAUCCGAGUUGUACGAGAAUGGCUGGAGGCUUCCACACCCAUGGAGGAAGCCUCUGUUUAUAGCCGCUACGAAGUGGAGGAUGACUGGUGCCUGUCUGUCCUGAAGUCGUACAAAGCCGAAGAUGGAGACGAUUUCCCCUGGAGUGUCGGUGAUGACAUGACGUCUGAAGGAAGACGGCAGCUUGCACUGUUCCUGGCCCGGAAGCACCUCCAAAAUUUUGAAGCGACGCACUGCACACCGCUCCCUCCCCAGGAAUUUCACCUCCCUUGGAGCUUAUAGCACCUCCAUCACCCCUGCGCCAAUCAAGGCCUCCUGUAUUGGCAUCUGCCCAUCCCACGUAGUGCAUCUGCUCUUCUUUUGUGUGUGUGUGAGUGAGUCUGAUCAUCUCUGCUACCCUUCCACUGCAAGCUGUAAAUCUGCUUCCUCUCCCCUGUAAUAUUUAUCCUCCAAAACCCUCCUUCGCCCAGAAAAUAAAACCACACACAGUUGUAGAGGUUCACAAUAAAGAUGGUAUUUUUUUAUA